AUGGAUCAACAUUUAAGCAAUUUACCCUCAAGAGGGAAAUAUGCUCAAUUUAACACAGGAUGGGGGAGUUCUUAUAGCGGAUUCUGUACAUCGUUUGUAGAUGUGAAACCUAAAAUAGAGGGUGUAUUAUCCACGUACAGCGGUUAUGCUCAAUAUGUGGAUAAAAUUGUCAAUGCCUGGUGCUAUGCAUCCACCAUGGAUGGUAACAAUUCCUAUGGUACAUAUUGUACUUACUUCUAUUAUUGGUUAAGGGAUAUAUUAUCCAAACACUUAAGAGUUCCAUCCCCUUUGGGCCGUAUGAGAGAGAUUUACGGGAAAUUCGACGAUGUUCCUAAUCAAAAGGGGUGUAAAAAUAUAAACGAAAAUAUAACUGACGAAGAUAUUUUGCCCCAAGUAAAAAUACAUUUCGACUACUCCCAAGACUAUGAUACUAUAAUGCAGCACUUAGGGAAUGAUGAUGGUGGUGGUACAAAGACUUGUGAUACAACCUAUCACGAUCACUUAGAUGCCAUUACUAAAGCAUGUGCUGCUAUAGAAGCAGAUUGCAAAAAAGACGGGGGGCCACAGAAGAGUGGUAGGUAUUGUGACCCUCUUCGAGCGGCGGAGAAGGCGAACGGAGCAGCUGGAAAAUACUGUAAAAAUGAGAUUCUUCAGAAAUUGAAGUGUACUGUUCCUGUUUCAGCAGUCAAACCUGCCACCGCAGCAAAACCGGUUGCUGCCAAACCAGCAGCAGUACGACCUCCCGCUGCACGAGCAAGUGCUGAUUCUGUUAGCAGCAUCGUCCCUGGUGCUGUGUCUGGUGGACUUGUAACGAUAGGAUUACCAACACUCACUUUUUUUUUAUAUAAAGUAAGUAAAGUAACAAUUACACAAUUGUCCAUUGUAAUUACCUCACUAUACAAUUAA